UUGUUAAACAGUUGUGAAUUUUUUUUUUUCAUAUUGUAUAGUAUAAUUAAGUAAUAAUGGUUUCUAUUAUUAAAAAUCAAUUACUUAAACAUUUAUCUAGGUAUACAAAAAAUCUUUCGAGUGAUAAGAUAAAUAUAUCAACAUUCAAAGGUGAAGGCGAAUUGACAAAUCUUCAGUUAGAUGAGAAUGUUUUGACAGAGUUAUUGGAACUGCCAUCAUGGUUGAAACUAACAUCAGCUUGGUGCAAUCACAUUUCUUUCCGAAUAUCAUGGGCAAAGCUAAAAAGUGUGCCUAUUACCUUAUCGCUGGACGAAGUAAAUAUAUCGGUUGAGACUUGUGAAUUGGCACGAUCUGGAACGCCAACUUCUAAUAAUAGCACUAUUCAAUCAUUAUCAGUUCCAAUGGGAAAAUAUAGUUUUAUUCAUAAGGUGAUAGAUGGCAUUACAAUUAUCGUUAACACUGUGAACGUAAAUUUUAAAAGUCCUGCUUUUACUGCUACUGUUCAGAUGUCAAGAAUACGCGUUGAAUCGCGUACACCAAAAUGGUCAGCAGCAGAACUACGUUUCACACGACUGAAAGAUCCGAUUAAAGGAAUCAUAUUAAUUUUUAAGGAACUUUCUUGGCAAACAGUCCGUAUAGAGGCAAGUUCGACACAGGAUAAAAACUUAACACCAUUGAGACUACUUACUAAUCAAGCUAAAUGUCGUAUAACGAUUAAGAAAAAGCUCUCAGAUUGCAGCGUAUUAGCUUCAAAACUUUUGUUAAUCCUUGAUGACUUAUUAUGGGUGCUUACAGACUCGCAAUUGAAAGCUGCUCUACAUUUCGUGGACUCUCUUGCUGGAUUAAUACAAGCUUCUAACAAAACCAUUCAAAGGAAAAAGGCUCAGAAAAAAUUAGAAACUCUUCCAGAAUAUCAAUCAUAUUUGGAUCAAUCUUCUAACAGACCACCGGAAAAUCAAGCUAAUAUUUCUCAAGCGCAAAAGAUGUUUAAUUUAUUUGAUGUUAGAGAAACAUCAUAUCAUUUUUUUAGCCAAAGAAUUGAUUUACAUUUAUGUGAUGAUUUUGGUUCUGGAAGGUCAUCACAUCCAAAUUUAAAGGAUGGUGGUGCUGUACAAAUAUCGAUACAAGGUUUUCAAGUUGAUUACUAUCCAUAUCAUUUAGCAAAAGCAAACCGAGCUCAUUGGGCAAAAUACAAAGAAGCGAGUGUACCACCUUUAAUAUGGCUAGAGCAAUCAAUGAAUAGUUUUCGAGAAUCACUUUUAUCUUUAAGUAAUCCGAGUAGACCACCAUGUCAUGCUCCUUUGGAGCGAACUCCUAAUCCAACAAAUAUGAAUGGAUAUCAAUCGGGUACAUCAACACCUACACAAACAGCUUCGCCAUUGAAAAGACAAGUUCUUGAUAAUUUAGCAAAACUCAUGACAUCUUGUGUAAUUUUAAGAAUUGAGGACUUUACAUUGUACCGUGUUACUACAUCAGGAAAAAAAUCUAUGCCAAAAGAAUUCGUUUCAGCUCAACGUAAAAGAAAAACCAAAACAGGCGAUAAAGAUAGAUUUUCAUUCCCACCAGAAAUGCCUACCGUUCAUGCAGAAUUCACAUAUUUUUAUUAUCCUGGAGAUUUUGUUUUUCCAUUACCACCAUCAAAAUGUUUUGUCUACUUAAAUCCAAUUCAAGUUCAAUUUGAUGUCGACAGUUGCUUAUGGUUUGUCUCAUUCGGUUUGAACUUAUAUGAAUCACUGUUAAGAACAAGCGUAGGCGAUUCAAUGAAUUCGCCAACAACUUCAACAGAGCCGUCAUUAAUGUAUAUGGACGUAAAAUUAGAAGCUAUAAUGCCAAGAAUUAUUUUUGAAGCUGCAAAAGAACUUUCAGUUGUUCAACGCGAUAGACCAAAAACAAUGCAGGUUCAAGUUUCAAGAUUUGCAGUUACAAAUAUUAGAGAAACGGGUUCUUCUAGAGCUGACCUCGCACAAGCAAUACAUUCUUUACAAGAAGGAAGCUUAGUUUUUUCGUCUGGGUUUCCCUCAAAACCUGAUGACUUAUCCAUUGUUACCGAUAGAAUUUUAUCUCAUAUUGCUGCAACAGAUAUUUCAUCAACACAGCCAAAUUCACCAAAUCUAUAUUCAUUAUCUUCAAAUCAAAUGUCAAGAUAUGCUCUAUGGAAUGAUACUCGAGAUAUUUGGUGCAUCAAAAUUGAUCCAAUUUGGAUUGAAUUUCUUGGUGUUCGUUCAAUUGGUGUGAAUAAAGUCAUUCCAUUCUUAGAUGCUGUUCCAAUAACAUUAUGGAUACACGGUAAAUCACAAGUAGAUGAUUCGAUUGCAGAAAAAAUGGCAGAGCGAGAGAAUCCACAACCGAUACCAUCAAAUUCUAAAUCAAAUGAAAUGAUUUUGUCAGUUACUUCUCUAAAAACUGAAUCCCACAUAAAUGAUGGGUCGCUUUUAUUUGAUAGUGUACAAUCAAUCAGAUAUUCAAAUAUGCAUUAUACAGAUAGCAACUUUGAUGGAAAUGCAACAGGUACAACAACAAGUGAAUUAAAUAUGGACAAAAAAUCUGCUGAUUUACAUAUUAUUGCUCAUUUUGGAAAUCUGGUUAGUCUACAAAUCGAUCAUUAUCAAUUCCUUUUUUUAAUGAGACUGUUGGAAGAUGUUAAUGAAGUGACAACAUUCCUAACAAUAGACAGUAAGAGAAUCAUGCAAGAAAAAAAUCCAGAUCAUUCCAUAAUUUUAGGAUGUGUAAUACCUCAAGUUGAAGUCACCCUUGUAAUGCCUAGUCAGACACCCGGAAAAGAAUCUAGUGGUGGUGAUGGAGAAAGUGUAAUACCUGAUUCUGUGAGUCUUGGUGAUGACUUGCAUACAACAAAUAGUGGAUGGCAACAAGGAAGCUUUUCUCUUGAUAACCAAAGUAGAGUAAUGCACGCAUUUAGUUCAAUCGAAUCGCCAUCACCAAAAGAAAAAGCAGAUUAUCCUAUCGAAACAAAAUCCAACAUAAAAUUUAACAUUCCAACUACUGAAAAUUCUGCAUCAUGUAUUACAACAACAACUAAUACUACAGUGUCUGUUUCAAAUACCACAAAUACUGCAUCAUCCUCAUCUUCAUCCUCAACAGCAACAUUAAGAAAUAAAAAGAUUAUUGGAGAUUCAUCGAUUAUUCCAAAAGAACUGAACACUGGCUUAAGUCAAAUGAAAAAAGGUUUUUCAAAUUUUAUGACAUCAAUAGAGUCUGCAGUUAAGACUAAUGCAUCUUUCGACGAUGCAAGUGACACAAUUUCGAUUCAAUCUGAUUAUUCUGACGAUUCGGAACUUUUUACAGUUCUAGCUGACUCAGAUAAAACAACCACAGAUUGCAAUGAUUUUAUGUUCAAAUUAAAUCCAUUCAGUUCUGAUACAAAUAGCAAAUUGGCACCUAUAGAGGUGGCAAGUGAAGUUUGUGAAGAUCCAUUCAUCACUAACAUGUCAUCUCCGAGCGAGCCAUCAGACGCUAGCAGUUUGAGACGUCGAGAUUUGGUUUCAAUGGCAACAUUAAGACUUACAACAGUAGAAUUAAUUCGUGAAAAUAAGGGAUCAUCUUCAGUGGCGAGAAUACAAGUAUCGGCGGUAUCAUUAGAAGAGUGCGAAUCCUUAGCCUGGGAUGAGCUGCAGAACGAUCAGCAGAAAAAACAGAAGGUGAAAUUCGGAACAAGAUGUAGAGCAUGGAAUAUGGCAUCAUAUAAUUCGGAAGCAUCACCUUGUUUAGCAUUGCGUUUUGAAGAGAAUCUAAAUUUACCAGAUGAUUUGGGUAGUACUGUUGAUAAAAAGUUGAUACCAACUUUUUUCCAUCGACAAGUGAAUUUGAAAGUAACUGAUUUCAAACUCCCUUCCAUUCAAAUGAGUACAAUUAUUGGACUUGCUGAUUUAACAGAAGAUGAAAUUAUUACUCCUCCGUUUCCAGUAAAUAUUGAAUUGGAAAAUGUUAAGAUAAAUAUUAUUGAGGAUCGACCACCAGUAAAUAUUACAUCACCAUCAACACCACAACCCAUUAAUCUUGUGAUUGGAAAAAUGAAAAUUGUACGUGAUUCUUCAGGAGUUUUACAAAUUCAACCAGUAAGUUCUAAUAAUGAUUUUAUCAAUGAAAAUAUUGGAGACGACAUUACAUCAUUGAAACGGGAACGUGACCGUGAAAUAUUAUCAAUUCAAUUGAUUAUGCAGCAAAUUAAAAUAGAAAACGAUCAAUUAAGACGACAAUUGUUAACGGCUGAGAAAAAUGUGGAAGUUAGUCGUCAGAGAAUAAAGCAAGAAAACGAGAUAUUAAAAACUUAUCUAAAAGCAGCUCAGGAUGAUGUUGCUACACUUUUGGAUGAGAAAAGAACUCUUAUGGAUACCAUUAAGUCUUUGCAGAACCAACUGACAGCGAUGGAGCCUCGUGACGGAAAAAGAUAGUAUAUAGACUGCAUACAAUGUUGUGGAGAAGAAAACAUUUUUUAAAAAAUGUACAAAAAUUCUUCAUUGUUGUUGGCAAUCAUGGCAUAAAAUACGUUUCAUCACAAAUUAUAAAAACUGCAACUCUAUCUAUUUAUUGUAAAUUUUCUGCUUUAAUAUCCAUUAGAUUCCUGAUAUUUAUAAUCCAAGCGAUUAUGCAUGAAUGCUUCAGGGGUAUUUAAAGACAUUACUUCUAAACAUUCGUCGUUUUUUUAAACCAUUGUGUUUGAAUUAAAAUUAGAUAGGUUCUGAAAAAACUUGCGAAUUUAAUAUUUUGCUAGCUAGUCACAUGACGUUGAUAACAUUUUAAUAAAAGUAAAUAUGUUCUUUUACUAAUCAUGUUGUAUAGUACUAUAAAAAAUUUCUGA